AUUGUGCAUCUUCCCUGCUUGCAAGAUUUAGACCGUCAGCUCUUUCUUUCAUGGCUGUUUGAGAUUUCCCACACACAAAACAAAAAAGGAUUAAGAUAAUAUUCCACCUCGAUAUACGCUACAAAGUAAUGAAUAUAUAUAUAUAUAGGUGUUUGUGUGUGUAAAUAUAUAUAUAUAAUCUGGUCUAAGUGGCAUGCAUGUAUUGAAGAAGGAAGCUGAUCACAAGAAGAAUGGAAAGGUUUGAGAUUCUUAAGGACAUUGGUUCUGGGAAUUUUGGUGUGGCUAAGCUGGUGAAGGAUAAAUGGAGUGGUGAGCUUUUUGCUGUCAAGUAUAUUGAGAGAGGCCAGAAGAUUGAUGAACAUGUUCAGAGGGAAAUCAUGAACCAUCGAUCCUUGAAGCACCCAAACAUCAUUAGAUUCAAAGAGGUGUUUCUCACACCAACUCAUCUGGCCAUAGUUAUGGAGUAUGCCUCGGGCGGGGAGCUUUUCGAACGAAUUUGCAAUGCUGGUAGAUUCAGUGAAGACGAGGCAAGAUUCUUCUUUCAACAGCUGAUAUCAGGAGUCAGUUAUUGCCAUUCCAUGCAAAUUUGCCAUAGAGAUCUCAAGCUGGAAAACACACUUUUGGAUGGAAGCUCGACUCCGCGUCUCAAAAUCUGUGAUUUCGGCUAUUCCAAGUCUGCAGUUUUGCAUUCUCAGCCUAAAUCCACAGUUGGAACGCCAGCAUACAUUGCGCCAGAAGUCUUCUCAAGAAAAGAGUAUGAUGGCAAGGUUGCAGAUGUUUGGUCUUGUGGGGUUACACUAUAUGUGAUGCUGGUUGGUGCUUAUCCAUUUGAAGACCCUGAAGAUCCAAGAAAUUUCAAGAAAACAAUUACUAGGAUUCUCAGCGUGCAGUAUUCUAUCCCGUACUACGUCCGAAUCUCCAAAGAGUGCAAGCAUCUUUUAUCCCAGAUUUUCGUGGCAGACCCUGACAAGAGAAUAAGCAUCGAGGAGAUUAAGAAGCACCCGUGGUUUCUGAAGAACUUGACGGAGGAAUUCAAGGAGGCGGAGGGGGAUAGCGGCGGCGAAGCAAACAACGGGAAUGAAGCGUGGCAGAGUGUUGAAGAAGUGGUGGCUAUAGUACAAGAGGCUCGGAAGGGUGGUGGUGCGGGGGCGGAGGGCGGAGGCGUAUUGGGUGAUGGCAGCAUGGAUGAUCUUGAUGAUUUGGACAGCGAAGCUGAAGAAGAUUAUGAUGUAGAGACAAGUGGGGACUUUGUAUGUGCAUUAUGAACUGUUCUACUUUCUGUGGAAGACACAAUCUGUUUGGUGAAAUUGUUGUAUGUUCCUUAAGGAUUUGACAGUGUUUUCUUUAUGUGAACUGUAAAUACAGAGUUUAUGUUAAGAGGAAUCAUAUUGUGAUUUUUAUAUAGGUUUGGAGAAAUUAAAAUAAAAAUAAAUUUAAAAAAA